UGGCUGAGCCUCACUCUUACGAGUUUUACGAAACAGCAGGGCUGAGUUUGGAUUUUUAUUAGACGUUACGGGAUGGGGAAUGAAUGCCCAGCCAUGAAUUGCUACUCUGUGACGCAGCCCCGAGUGUGAGGGCUGACACGGGUGCCGUCGCUGUCCUGGCUCGACUUAUAAGUACGAUAGCCCUGGCAGUUAACUUGUUGCUUAUCCAGAAUUAAGGCAUAAACUCGUACACGAGAGCUCUACUGCAAAUAAGCAUUUCUAAUCCCUGAUCAUUCUCAUCUCAACAUCUCAACCAUGGAGAAACACGACUUCCUGUACUCCGACGUAGAGUCUGCAUCAUCGUCAACAUACCAACACUCCCAGACAGACAUCUCUAUUACAUCAGCAUCUACAGCCCCAUCAACCGUCCUCCCAGAUGAGGGUAUCAUCUCAAGAACCUACGACGCUGCCAAAAACCUGUCGCACAUAAAAUGUCCCCACCAAUUACAGAAGGACAACCAAAGGAACUGCCCCAGCAACACUGCCUCAAAGGCCGCAUUCAAGCACGACUACCAAUCAUACGCACAAACAUCACACAUGGGUAUCCUCGACCCAGCAUACAAAGUUUUUGUUAGCAAGAAAGGCUAUGGUUCUUUGAUCUACAAGCUCCACGCCAGGACCGUUGUCGUCGCCGGUGAUCCACUAUGCUCAGAGUUCCAUCGCAAAGCACUAUUCACUGAGCUUCGACAUUACCGCUGGGCUCGCGGCCUAUCACUUGCAUUCGUCGGCAUCAGUGAGGAAUUUGCCAAGUAUGCCCACCAACAAGGCUGGGCGACGAUGCAUUUCGGCCACGAAGCCGUUCUCAACCCUUUAACCAACAAGGUCCUCCGCAAGCAAGCAGGCAAACGCAUCAUCUCCCAGAACAAGCAGCUUCUCGACCCCAAACGCGGGGGUGUUACGAUGAACUUUUAUAGCCCCGCAGUCAAUGAAGCAGACCCUGAGCUAGAGCGACAGCUACAGGAUCUCUACGACGAUUGGAGGGAGGACCGAAACAAGAAGCAUGGAGAUGGCUCACAAGCUUUCGUCACUGUCUACGAUCUCUUCUCGCUACCUGAAUCAACAAUAUUCUUAUACACUUCUGAUCGCGACGGCAAGAUCAACGGACUUGCGACACUACGAGAACUUGGCGCAGAGAGGGGAUAUCACCUCGAUCCUUGCAUCGCAUCCCAAGAUGCACCAAAAGGAAUUUCAGACCUUCUUGUCUUCACUGCUAUGGAAAUGUUGAAAGCUUCCGACGUGGGCUACAUGAGCCUUGGUAUUGAGCCCCUCGACGAGGUUCAAGAGGUAACAGGUUCUUCGAAGCUUGUGUCACGGCUCUGGAAGGAUGGCUACAACCAAAUGAUUCGGUCAGUGCCUGUCACAGGCAAAGCAGCAUACUUCAAGAAGUUCUGCCCAGAUGAGUCGCUUACUUCGAAACUGUAUAUCUGCAUACCCAGCAAAGGCAUCCCAGUGCGAAGAUCAAUCGCGCUACUGCAAUUCGCAAACAUGAACCCCGGCCAGCUAUUUACUCAAAUACAUUUGGGGGAUCGACACAAGGAAAAGCAAACACCGCAAUCACAAUCAUGAAAUCAUCAUCUUCUUGUCUUUCCUUUUGUAUAAUACUGUCACUCAUAUAUACUGGGAGUGGGGAUACCAUUCGAUCUUUUUGUUUCUUUUGUCACAUACAUGUCAUAGACUAGUUUUAUACAGCGUUCCAUGAUUACAACGAUUAUCUAUAUUAAAAGCUCUUAUAAAGUAUCAAAUAUGCUCAAGUAUCUCAUAAGGACCCCGUAGUCUUGCUUUCUCAUCAU